GCCGUUUUUCCCUGCCAGGGUCAGUCCGGGCAGGUUGCUGCCGCGCGGCAGAGACUAGGUAGGGCCGCCGGGUGCCGGCCGGCCCGGGCUGCUGCUUGCAAGCUCCGCUUCGGGCAGGAGGCGCAGCAGCCUGGCGCAGCCCCCGGGAGGGUGUGUCCUUGCUCGCCCACCCUCCUGCUCUGGGGGUGGAGGGAGGAGGAACCAGCCGCGGCAGGAGGAAGUGGAGGCGGCUCGGAAUAGCGGGCAAAUGGAGACGUGAGAGGCGGCAGCAGCGGCAGCGGGGGAAGGAAGCGAGCUGGUCUCUGGAUCCCCCGGGCGUGCAGCCCGACGGCCACUGGGGCUCGCCUCGGCAGCCUGGGGCAGAGGCUUGCUCGGGGCUCCGCUGCUGCCUGCGGGGUGCUGCCUGCUCGGAGAGCCGCGGCGUUGUGCCUGCUCUGCGCGCUGCUCCAUUGGCUCACGGAGGAGGAUUUCAGAAGGUAGAAGCUUCCCCUCCACCAGAGGCACCUUCGCUCCCAGCCUCUUCGCGUUCCUUUUCCUGGGAGGGCCUGCAAGGGGAUUGCACGCAAGUUACUGCUGCUGAGAGAGCCUGGACCCUGGCCGAGCCAGCCAAGCACGGGGUCUGUCUGGGGAAUAUUGCUAGCGGCUUCCGAGACAGCAUCUGAUUUUGUUGUUGUUGUAAGUCUCCGCUUUGAUACCCAAGUGCAUAUGAAAUAUUAAAGCCCCUCCCCUGGAUUUUCCUGUUUUGCCUAUUCAGAGUUCCUUGCACCCCAAGGACUGAAUGACUUCUCUCUAGAGACUUCUUUUUUGGGGGGGAGGAAGGCACCUGAGUACCAAGCUGCUGCAUCUUGUGUACAAGGCUUUUCUUUCCUCCUUUAAAAAUAACCCCCACCCCCACUCCGCUGGAGGGUAAGGGAAGAUGCAGACCUUUCUGAAAGGGAAAAGAGUUGGUUAUUGGCUGAGUGAAAAGAAGAUCAAGAAGCUGAAUUUUCAGGCCUUUGCAGAGCUCUGCAGGAAAAGAGGAAUAGAAGUCAUACAGCUUGACCUUACCAAACCAAUCGAAGAUCAGGGCCCGUUGGACGUGAUCAUACAUAAACUGACAGAUGUCAUCCUUGAAGCAGACCAAAAUGACAGCCAGUCGUUGGAAUUGGUUUACAGGUUCCAGGAGUAUAUCGAUGCUCACCCUGAGACUAUCAUCCUGGACCCCCUUCCUGCUAUCCGGACACUGCUGGACCGAUCCAAGUCUUAUGAGCUUAUUCGGCGAAUAGAGGCCUAUAUGCAAGAUGAGAGGAUCUGUUCACCACCCUUUAUGGAGCUGACAAGCGCCUGUGGAGAAGACACCUUGCAGGUCAUAGAGAAGAAUGGACUAACAUUCCCAUUCAUUUGUAAAACCAGAGUGGCCCAUGGAACCAACUCUCAUGAGAUGGCAAUCAUAUUCAACCAGGAAGGCCUGAAGGCCAUCCAGCCCCCCUGCGUGAUUCAGAGCUUCAUCAAUCACAACGCUGUGCUGUAUAAAGUGUUUGUGGUCGGGGAAUCCUACACUGUGGUAAAAAGACCAUCUUUAAAGAACUUCUCGGCAGGCAUUUCAGAGAGAGAAUCAAUAUUUUUCAACAGCCACAAUGUGUCGAAGCCAGAAUCCUCCUCUGUCUUAACAGCACUUGAUAAAAUCGAAGGUGUGUUUGAACGGCCAAAUGACGACGUCAUCCGGGAGAUCUCCAAGGCACUGAGACAGGCUCUGGGGGUUUCCCUCUUUGGGAUUGACAUUAUCAUUAACAAUCAGACCGGCCAGCAUGCAGUCAUUGAUAUCAAUGCAUUCCCAGGUUAUGAGGGUGUUGCAGAGUUCUUCACAGACCUCCUGAACCACAUAGCUGCUGUCCUGCAGGGCCAGACCCCAGAGGUGACCCAGCUAAACCUCAGCAAACUCCUGGCUGAGCAGACCGGCGGCAUAGUAGGGGAGCGGACGUGCUGUGCUAGUACAGGCUGCCGAAGCGUGGUGGGAAAAGACUCCUCCUGGAUUGUGGAAAGUGAGACCAACAGCUCAGUAAAGCUGCAGCACCAGAGACUAGGCUGCAACUCUGCAGUGUCCCCCAGCUUUCAGCAGCACUGCGUUGCCACGUUGGCAACAAAAGCUUCCUCUCAAUAGCCAGACAACACCGUGGACUGAGGAAAAGCCGUGGGGAGUCAAAUCACGGUCCUAGAAUCAGAGCAGGCUGUAACAAAUUUCUAUUGAUUUAACACGAUUUGUUGAUGAAAUUAUC